AUGCCUUCAAUAGCGCAAGAAGAUUGGGAUAUCCCAUCGAUGGAUUUUCACAUGAGCACAAAUGGAGCUGUCAAUCUGCUGAAGAGAAGGAGGGAUGUUGCGAAUUUUGCGGAUGCGAGGGAGGAGGACGUGCAGAUGAAGAUUCAUAGUCCUAGACAUUCACACAUCCAUCCACACAAUCUCUACCCUCACACCAUACACCAUGACUCCGAACGCAGACACCUCAUUCCCCGGUCAAAAAUGAGUUUGAACAAACGAGUUCGCGUCGACUAUCUACCCUCAGAACCCGAGUCUAGAAUCGAAUCAACGAAAGAGAAAGAGAAAGAGAAAAAUGGAUCGGGUAUGGAUUUACGAGCAUGUCAUAUAUGUCAUCGCAAACCGACUGUGAAGAAGGAAUUAGAUGCGUUUGCGAACUGUGAGGGGUGUGGAAAGAGAGCUUGUUGGGUGUGUAUCAGGGAGUGUCUUGGCGGAUGGGGUAAUACGCAGAUGGGGGAAGAAGCUGCAGGGAAAGAGGGCUGGGGUGAAAAGGGAACGAAACAUAGGGGGAUGGUGUGUAGUCGAUGUUGUGUGGAGAGGGGGACGGAGGGAGAUGUACUUUGUUUAGGAUGCUUGAGGAUGGAGAGGAGCUGAAAUCUUGUGUUUGCGUUAGAAUAUGUUUAUGGGAUUUAUUUGGCACUGAGCAUUGCCAGGAGGGAAAUUGGGCGCAUGGUGGAAAAUCAGCAACCUUGCGCACGGGGAAACUCUGGGUGCAAUUUAUGGAGGAGUACCUAAACUCGAGGUAGGAUUCUCCGCAGCGAUGGGAAUGAUUCGAUAGAAUAAGCGUUGCGAUCGAUACCCAUUUUGAUCUGGAGUCUGAAGGUUGGCAAUCUUGCAAUGAUAAUGAGUUGCAUAUAAUAUGGUUUAUUUGGGUAUCUUUUUGCGCUUUAUCAUAUACAUAUAUUAUGAAUAUCGAUAUCCGUUUUUUUG